CGUAGUCGAUCGUAAAUAUCGCGGGAAAUACAAAAUGCUUUUGAUUCGUCAAGAAUACGUGGUACAUAAAAUUACCGCCGUACGGCGCUUCCGUCAUCUUUAAGAAAUAUUUCGACGUGAGCCUUCAAUUGUUUUCGUUAAAAUUCGCUUAAACGUCGCGAGCACGUCGAUCGGCGUGUGCGAUGACGGUUUUUGGUUGUCUUCGAGGUACAACCGUAGGAACGUUGCAGAUCCUUCAGUCUCAACCUAAGUGCAUUGGUAAGACCUUAGGAAUAUUCUUACGAAAUGCAUCGAGCUUCGUUCCAAAGAGAGUUCUCAUCGUUGCUAAAUUGACACGAUAUCAUUUUGAAAAAUUACGUGAGCCCAAUUUAAAUGAAGAAGAAUUUAAAAAUAAAUUGUUGGAGAGAGGCUCGGAUUAUGAUUUAUUAUUCGAUACAUAUCGUGCGACUAAAGAUAUUGAAAAUGAGGUAGCGAAGGUACUUAACAAAUUUAACAUUGAAUACAAAAAGGUCAAUAGGAGUAACAUCAGCAGAUCCGACGUUACUUGGGCUGAUUUAGUUUUACCCAUUGGCGGCGAUGGUACUUUUCUCUUAGCUGCCAAUUUAAUAUUCGAUAACAAAACACCAAUAAUAGGCAUUAAUUCUUAUCCACUCCAUUCUGAGGGUUUCUUGAUGUUGCCAUCCUAUUAUACAAAGAAUAUAUCACAAAUUUUCGAAUUAUUAAAAGCAGGACAAUACGAUACACUCAUGAGAUCUAGAAUUCGAACUACUUUGAAAGGAGAAGGAAUUUGGAAUCCACCUUUUCAUAUGCACGAAGAAAAGCAUUUUUUUGGUGUGGAAAGAUUCUUUUCCAAUGGGCAACUUAAACCGGCUAAUUCGGAUCAAUUAAAUGAAAGACAAUUACCUUGGCUAGCAUUAAAUGAAGCGUUCGUGGCCGAAGUGUUCGCAGCAAAGAUGACCACUUUGUUAAUCAAAUUUGACGACGCAGAAAAUUUCCAUAGAAUUAAAAGUUCUGGUAUUUGCAUAAGUACGGGCACAGGUUCGACUUCAUGGUAUAAGGCAAUAAAUGGUAUUAGCCCACAGCUCGUCCGUCAAAUAUUUGAUUUAUUAGAUAAUCAAACGAAUUAUACAAACGCUGAAAUAAAUGAAAUAUGUUGCAAGUUUAAUGAUAGCUUACAUUUUAAUCCAGAAGCACAAAAUCUUUCUUAUGCCAUACGAGAUAUGAACAUGACAAAGGUAUUUCCUGUACCAAAGAGCUUGCAAAGAUAUAACUUUUGUAAAAAAUUAACAGUAAAAUCUUUGUGCUUCAAUGGAGGAUUGGUGUUAGAUGGUGGUAUCGCGGUACAGUUUAAUUUAGGGACAACAGCAGAAUUUGAGAUCGAUCCGGAAGGUGCACUGCGAAAUAUUAUUCUUCCCAUCUGAUCGUAUGUGAUGAUAUAUAAGAAAAAAAAAGAUUCGACUAUCAAUCAAAAUGCACGAUCAGUGAAUUCUAGAAAAA